CUUCAGGAACGACCCGAAGAAGGCAGAGGGGUUAAGGAACGAAUUAAUGGCAGAAUUAAUGCACGUCCCUGGGCCUGGACUGUACUCCCCUCACUGUGGCCGUGGAUGGGAUCAGCUGUGCCUGGAGCUUCCGGGUGGGUGAUUGACAGCCGGCCGUCCGCACAGCCGAUUGGCUCGUGCCUAGCAACGGACGUCGUCAAGGUAAACAGUGAGAUGCAGGGGGUGCACCUCCAUUGCAAGCUGCAAGAGGUUACGUUUGAUUUGAAGCAAAGAGAUGAAUCGAAACAGGCUGCUGAGCACGAUUCCAAAUAUCCACAAGUCAAUCAUAACCACAGGCCAGCCAGAAGGAAAGAAAUGGACGAGAAGAAUUCACAUUUUGAGCCGGACGUGCGGACUCUGAUUUCUUCACCGAAAUGGCUUCAGCUUCACGGACUGAAGAGAAACAAGCUGACCCUGUCUCAGAUCCUGUCACACAUUGGCUUUAAGCACAAAGAAGAUUAUGUUUAUGGACUACGGAAACCUAUAUCAUCCUGUUAUGGUGAAGGUUUGUUUCAACAAUACGUGAGAAAAGAUGGAAGAAUUUACAAUCUGACCGCCAGCAAGGAGCAGCUCCAGCAGUUUGCUGACUCCCUGAGCAGAGCAAUAAGGCUCUACAGACAGCGGCUGGAGUGGUUGACAAGUGGGAGCCAUCAACUGUUUGGUGUCAUACAGGAACGUUGCAUCGCCAUUGUCAUAGACUUCGCCCCUAUGUCGCAGACAAUGUUUCACCUCUGCUGUGAUGCUCUCUGCACCGUUCUCCGGGAACAGGUGUCGCUCAUCUCAAAGUGUAACCUCAUUAGGGCAGCUCAGGACAUGGCGAUGUGGCAAGAGAAAGCUGUUCCUGUCACCGCACAGACUAUAGAGUCUGCGACUGAAUGGAUCUGGAAUCUUUGCUACACGGCGGCUACAACCGAGACCAGUCCAGUCGAGGCUGUGGUACAAGCAAUGAGUGACCAAACAAUCGAAGCAGUGUACUUCUUCGCUACCGGGGAUGGUCCUGCUGGAAUGAGGGAGAUUUUGCAUCAGAAGCUGGCAGACAGUCCUUGCCCAGUCCAUACAGUGUCGUUCAAUGCAAAAAAAGAAACGACAAUUCAGUUUCUGAAAGAAUUAGCUCACUUGACUGCAGGAAGAUUUCAUGCGUUUGCUUUAAUGAACGAAUAUAAUGAAGAGGGAACCAUUUCCAUCAAUGACUCGAACAAGGUCGACAGCCCAGCUCCACAUACCCACAGGAAGCUUAUAGGAGGUUUGCCCCCAGGGGCCGGAGUCAGAGAAGAUGUGUUUCUGAUCUGGUGUGAGAUCGAAGAAGCCAGAAACACGCUGACUGAGGUGCAGACUCUGAUCAUGGAAGUCCCUCAACCUACACGUCACGCAGUCGAUAAGCCAAUGCCACGGCCCAAAACAGAGGACUAUAUAAGUUCCAAGAAAUGGCUUGAAAAGUAUGGAUUGAAAGUCCGCAAACUAACCUGGUCCGACGCCCUGGCAGACUGUGCCUUUCGCCACACUGAUGCUGUGGUGGACGUGAAAGGGAAACCGGCUAAUGAGAACAUUCAGACCGACGCAGAAACCAACAUGAAACUGGUCAACGCCAAGUACUGUGACCGGUUUGCCCAUACUCAGUGGAAAGAUGGUUCUAUUGUGCACGUGUACAUUACACCUGAGAAAUGCAAGCAGUACCAGCAAAGAAUGAAGAUUGCCCUGGACCAGAUGCGUAGGAGAAUUGACUGGCUGCAGCAAGGAAGCAGAGAACUGUUUGGGACUGUGAUUGAAGAUGAGAUCUAUAUCCUGAUUGACAUCUCUCAGUCCAUGAUCGAUAAGCUGCAGUUGGUUAAGGAAAAGAUAUUUCAACUCAUGCAGGAACAGCUGAGACACAAGAUCAAAUUCAACUUUGUGAGGUUUGGCUCCAGAGCUAUGUCUUGGCAGGACAAGUUGGCAGAAGUCAAUGAAAACAACCUGGAAAAUGCCUGGGCCUGGGUUAAACGACUUCAGGUCGGGGGAUCAACAAACACACUGGGAGCCAUACGCCUAGCCCUUGCUGACGCUGAUACUCAAGCUAUCUACCUCCUGACUGAUGGAAGACCUGAUCAGCCUCCAAACAGCAUUUUUGCUCAGGUGCAGCUCAUCCAACUGGUCCCAAUUCACACCAUCGCCUUUAACUGCGAGGAUGCGGAGGCCAACAGGUUUCUGUAUGAGCUCUCCAAGAAGACACGUGGACGCUUCCAUUCCUACAACAGUGACGUGAGCGAGUCCAGUGAUAUUCCGCCGUUUGUGAGCGAAGACAUCGGUCUUUUGAGAAGCGAAAUGGAACAAGGGAGGAAUGAUUUGGAGAGAGUUGAGAAACUUCAUGCAGAAUGUGUGCUGCUAGACUGGUACCACAGCAGCAAAGGCAAGGAAGCAAGGAACAGUGGGGCUGGCGAAGUUCUGACCAGUUGCCAGCCACGCGCUCAGAGUGCCUCCAGAGCUCAGGUCAAAGCUUUAGAUAACAAUGUCCACAUGAGACCCAGGUCAGCUCUGGAUUGGAUCUCAGCCACCCACAGGAACCAUAGGGACAGGUCCCACACAUACAGUCUGAACGACGCCAAAAACUCAAAGCAGCUCCAGAGAAAGAAAGCACUGUAUGCAGCUCACACUAAGACCAGUCUACUCCGCACUUUGAGUCAUGCCAGUAAAAUUGGUGAGAACCUAACGGGCAGGUGGAUGCUUCCGGAAAACAAGGAGAUGUUUCUGGAUAACUAUAGGAAGGAAUUGCAAGUGCUGAACGCCUUCAGUUUGCCGGAGAGCAAAACUUCCGAAACAAAGGCAAAACGUCACACUAAAAGCUCUUUAGAUGUUUCUUCGGCUCGCUGGCUCAAGACAAACAGCCUAGUUGCCAAGAGACUUACCAUAAUGGAUGCACUGGCACCCACUGCCAUUCAACAAACAGCAACGUACGUCCCAAUCUUGGAUAAACACGUUAUUUCCAAGGUGUUCGAUGAGGUGUUACCUUUAGCUCACGUUGGCAACAGCAAGUCGCAGAUCACACUGGUCAAUCCGUUGGCUGUGAACCUUGACAGCUACAAGGAAAGACUCCUCCAAGCCAUUCAGACCUACAAUAAGCGUCUUAAUCUAAUUGUGUGGAGAGCAUUGUCGCAAGACGAGCAAGAUAAGUUCAGCAGUGAUGGACCCGUCUCAUUUCGAGAACAUAAGGAAGCUUUGCUCCAAACUUUGGACCGAUUGGGGUGGCCUAUCUCUCAGGAAGAUGUUUCUUUGUUGGAGGAUGAGAUACAGGCUGGCUAUUCAUACCAGCAACAAGCUUGUGACCUGCAGAAAGCUGCUCGAGAGAAGCUCCCUGUCCCUCCCGCAGGAUUACAAAGUGACCACCGCAAAGCGGGGAUGAGGAACACGAAACCACCUUCCAGAUACCACAUUACCAGCAGGAAUAAACCCACAAACCAAGCCAGGCAGGUGCUGGACACCCUCAAAGGUCAGAGAGUAAUUGCUAGGUCAGAGAUCAAUGGUUUCUAUUACCCAGGUGUUGUGUCCAAAUGCAUCAGCUCCAGAAAAGCCAUUGUUCAUUUCACCAAAGGAGAGACUCAAAUCACACCGACUGAGUUUAUAAUCCAGACUGGAGGAGCUACACCUUGCCCCCCAUUAAAAGUGGGAGACUUUGUUUUGGUUCGAACUAACGAGGAGGGAGAAUAUUAUCGCUGGGUAACUGGUGUGAUCAUAGCAACACCACAAAGUGCCCGGAAAGAUGAUAAAUUUUAUACAGUUUUAAAGUAUAACAACAGGAAGGAGCACGCAUUACGGAGGGGACUGAAUAAAAUCAGCAAGACACAAUAUAUCUUCACCUGUCGUUACAUGAAAGAGACUAAGAUGGCAGAUCGAACAAUACCCAGCGUGCAGUUUAUAAGACCGAUUGCCAAGCCACCUCCUUCAGAGAGAGAGGAAAAAACAACGUCCUCUUCGGAGGAAGAAAGGCGAGGGAAGAAAUCAAAGAGGAGCAGGAGCAAGAAAUGUAGCAGGAAGCACAAGGAAUCUUCAGACACUGAGAGUGAAGAUGCACGAUCAGCCUCUAAGUCAGAUCUCGGGCGAGAAGAGAGAGAUCGCACUAGUGAUGAAGAUUGUGAUGAAGUUCACAAAACUGAGUCCGACAGUGAAGUGAGAACCAGCGGUUCCCCUGACUGGAUUUGUGUCCCAGCUCUAGCCUCCUCUGCUUCACAGUCUGGAAACCUAUCGCAGUCCACAACCCCAUCUGGCUCGAGCAUCUCCACCCCAAGGUCAUCAAAACCGUCCCCUCAAUCACAGUCGCCCCCCAUGAAAGGAGCAUCUCCCAGCCAGGCUCAUUCAUCCACCUCAGUUGGUCAGAGACCUGAGGAGUUGACACAACAAUUACAACAGGCGCUGACUGAGCAGAGAGAACAGCAAGAGGCCAUCAAAGAGUAUUUGAAAGUAUUAGUGGAUCUGAAGGAGGACCAGAGGAACUUCAAGUUACUGGAAGAUCAGAAACAGUUGAUCGCCAAACAAGCAGAGCUUCUCCGUGAACUUGAAAAUCUGUCUCCCAAACUCCACCCACAUGAGGAAGAUCUGACAGGUGUUUAUACUCCACAGGAGCCCCCAUUCCCUCCUGUUCGCCUCUCCUAUAUCCCUCUAUUCACUUUGCCCCCAUGUACCCAUCAAGGUUCCUCUUAAAUACAUUUAUAUUAUUUGCUUCCAGCACAGCUUAUGGGAGUGAGUUCCCCAUUCUCACCAGCCUCUGUGUGAAACAUUCCUCCUAAACUGCCUGAUAAACUGCUGGAUAUCUUAUAUAUAAGAUAUUGCUCACAAAAUAAAGUCAAUUCACUUUUCAGGAUUAUCUGUGAAGCAC